UGGUCACGGAUCUGCAGCAUGGCGGUGUUUGCAGACUUGGACUUGCGGGCCAGUUCGGACCUCAAGACUCUACGCGAACUCGUGGAGAACGCUGCUCACCUUGGCUAUUCUGUUGUUGCUAUCAAUCAUGUCGUUGACUUUAAGGAGAAGAAACAGGAAAUUGAAAAACCAGUAGCAGUUUCUGAACUUUUCACAACAUUGCCAGUUGUACAGGGAAAAUCAAGACCAAUUAAAAUUUUAACUAGAUUGACGAUUAUUGUUUCGGAUCCAUCACACUGCAAUGUUUUGAGAGCAACUUCUUCAAGGGUUCGACUCUAUGACAUUGUUGCAGUGUUCCCAAAGACAGAAAAACUUUUUCAUGUUGCUUGCACACAUUUAGAUGUGGAUUUAGUCUGCAUAACUGUAACAGAAAAGCUACCAUUUUACUUCAAAAGACCCCCGAUUAAUGUGGCAAUUGACCGAGGCCUGGGCUUUGAACUUGCCUAUAGCCCUGCUAUCAAAGACUCUACAAUGAGGAGGUACACAAUUUCCAAUGCCCUCAAUUUGAUGCAGAUCUGCAAAGGGAAGAAUGUAAUUAUUUCUAGUGCUGCAGAAAGGCCUUUAGAAAUCAGAGGGCCGUAUGAUGUUGCAAACUUAGGGUUGCUGUUUGGACUAUCCGAAAGUGAUGCCAAGGCUGCAGUGUCCACCAACUGCCGAGCAGCACUUCUCCAUGGAGAAACUAGAAAAACUGCUUUUGGAAUUAUUUCUACAGUGAAGAAACCUCGGCCGUCAGAAGGGGAUGAUGAUUCUUUUCCAGCCUGCAAGAAAGCCAAGUCAAAGAAGCCUGGAGAGCAAAUGGUGAUGAAAUCAUGAAAGACGUUUUCCACAGCUUGAUGAGAAUUGAAUAUUUUUCCUUGCAAGAAGUGGACCAAAGCCUGGAAGACGUGAGAGUCAGUUGCUGCAAGGUCUGGUGAAGAUGGUGGACGAUAGAAUUUCCAAGUCCAGUUUGUGCCGUUUGAGCAGCGUGACAUGCGGUCAAGCAUCUUUUGUAAGACGAUUAGCCUGUCUUAAUUGACGUCUCAGCUGCUGACUCACAAACAUCUUCAUCAUCUCAUCCGCUUGGUUGCACUAGAAUCUGCUGUAAUCUAGUGACCAGGUUUCACGGAGCCCUAGUGGACAACACCAGUGCUGGAUCUCCAGACAGACGCCAUUAGCUUUGUUGAAUGCCUUCAGGUUUGGGACUGUGUGUCAGCACUUCAUCUUUAUCUAACCCUUGUGCCAAACACUUGGCAAUUGUCAAAUAGAAUCCAUUUUCAUCACUUACGAUGGUAUAGAAAUGGUUCACUUUUGUGUCAUGACAGCAAAGAAAGGCAAGCUUGAGACCAUUUCUCUUCUGACACUCAAUUAAUUCAUCCAGCUUCUUUACCUUGCCGAUUAGCUCCAAUUCAUGCUCCCGAGCACCCCAUGGGCUUAGCUGAGGGUGGAUUUUUCCUGAAAUCACAACUGUGCCACUUUUCUUCUUCCCUCUUCUGUUUCCUUCACUCACUCUCAAUAAAUCACUUUCACAAGAAUCUUCAUUUCGAGCACUGCUUCCAGGGGGCCUGAGGAUAAAAAAUUGGGCAAAUCAAGUUGAUUUGAAAAAAAUUAAUGCCCAGUAAACAUAAAGGUGCCAAACUUCGCUAGUCACUAGGGGGAAAUCAUCAAAAACUGUAUCUUUGUUUUGCUGAUCAGCUUGAAAAACAAAAGAAAAAAUAUUUAUAAAACAAGUAUUUUCAAGGUUUGGGGGAAAGGCCAUAAUGUCUUAUGGAAGGGGAUCUAAUUUGAUAGCAAUCUUAUAGAUAAUUCUCUAAAUUUAUCCUUUAGAAAUAACUUGUUAGGUAUAAAGGGUACAUGGAUAAGGAUAUUCACUGCAAUAACAUCUAAAAUAAAGUGAAAAUGGAAACAAGCUAAACAUAAGGAUUAGCUAAAUAAUCCAUUGUACAUUGAAAUAAAAGAAUACUAUGUAUAAAGAUGUCUAGAAUAAGUUGUUUAAUUGGAAAAGUUAUAAAA